GUUGCACGAUAAGUUGACGAAGGUUGUGAUACUUCUUGACUGCUGAGGCGAUGGGUUCCCCUUCCUCACCACCACCAGCGGACGUGCCGCUUCCUGUGCUGUUUGGCAAUGCCGAGUACUCGAUGCCUCAGGUCUCACCGAGCGGCAGCCAAAUCGCAUACCUCUCGGCGGAUGCGACCACCGGCGUGAUGAACCUGUUUGUGCACGAUGUGGGUACUCCGUCGUCGGCGGUGCAAGUGACGUUUGAAGCCAUGCGGCCCAUUCGGUUCUAUCGAUGGGCCGAAACCGGCGCCCACCUCCUCUACGUGCAGGACCUGAACGGAAACGAGACCUUCCAUCUGUACGUGGUCGACCUGGCCACAAUGACCACCGUGAACCGCACGCCGUUUCCCAACGUGAAGGUGCUUACGACGUUCCAGCUGACGUCGUUCUUCAACCAGAUUAACCGCCUCACGAGCUCCCGCCGUCCGCAGGAAGUCGUGAUUGGUCUGAACCAGCGCAACCCGGCCGUGUUUGAUGUGUUCAGGCUGCAUAUCGUCACAGGCGAGCUCACGUUGCUGGCGUUAAACCCAGGGAACAUCGAUGCGUGGGUGGUGGACGCAGACCUCCAAGUACGGGCACGCACUCAACACGACGACUCGGAAGUGUGGACCAAGUCGUUAUGGGUGUGCAACGGCGACAAAUGGCGCGUCUUGGCGUCAUGGGGCCUGGACGACCAAGUGGAGCCGCUGCAGCUGACGGCGGACGGCUCAGGGCUGUACAUCACGUCGACGCUGGCCCACACCACUAACGCCGCCGACUCCUCCCCCCAAGCAGCCAACCCCAAGCGUCUUGGCCGGUUGCUGCUCUUGUCCACCGACGAGUCGGUGCCUGCGGUCACCAUCGCGUCACAUGCCGAAGGCGACGUCGCGCACGUAGAAUUCCACCCUGUGACAGGACUCCCCGACUUCGCCACCGUCGAGAGCUUUGGCCACGCCAAGAUUGUCCUGCAGCCCGCCAUGCAGUCGGAUCUGGCGGUUCUCGCGGCGGUCGCCCCGGGCACCAUCUCGAUCGUCAGUCGCUCUGCCGACGACAACAAAUGGACAGCCAGCAUCGCGUCGGACCACCACUCGUUGCGGUAUUACCUGUAUGACCGAACGGCCCAAGUAGUGACGUUGCUUGGGUUGGAACGGCCGUUGCUCGAACAGUAUGCGUUUGCACCCAUGCAACCUGUGCGUGUACCGUGCUCGGAUGGCGAAUCCAUGGUGGUGUACCUGACUUUACCUCUUGGCAAGGCAGUAGCGGCCAAGUUGCCGAUGGUUCUGAACGUCCACGGGGGACCGUGGGCACAGGAUCUAUGGGGAUUCAACCCUGUCCAUCAAUGGUUUGCCAAUCGUGGGUAUGCCGUGAUGAGUGUCAACUACCGUGGGUCGAAAGGGUAUGGUAUGCGAUGGCUCAACUUGGGCAACCAGGAAUGGGGCCGUCAGAUGCAGCAGGACCUCACCGACACUGUGCACUGGGCCAUCGGCUCUGGCUACGUGGAUGCAUCUCGCGUCGGCAUCUACGGGCGGUCGUACGGUGGCUACGCGGUGCUAGCUGGCUUGGCCUUCACGCCAGACGUGUUUGCAUGUGGAGUGGACAUCGUGGGGCCGUCCAACAUCAAGACGCUGCUGGAUGCGACGCCGCCAAACUGGGCGCACAUGAAGAAGGCGUUCGCGGUUCGCAUCGGAGACGUGUCGGACGCCACGUUCAACCGCCGGAUCUCGCCUCUGUUUCACGUGGCAGCGAUGAAGGCUCCGGUGCUGAUCGGGCAGGGAGCCAACGACCCCCGCGUGGUGAAGUCGGAGAGUGACCAAGUGGCCCGGGAGCUGUUCCAAGCCAAGCACGAUGUCACGUACAUCGUGUACCCUGACGAAGGCCACGGGUUCCACCGCCCACCUAACAACAUUGACUUUUGCCACCGCACCGAGCGAUUCCUGGCCACCCAUUUGGGCGGACGAGUUGGGCCCGUGGGCGACGGGGUAGCCACCAAGAACCACACGGCCAUCGUUGUGGAUCUCGCGGCGUUGUAGCUAGCUCCACAUUGUUGUGUUGAAUUUGUUUAAACUACCGAGCCAUCGAUCUCGUACAAUCGAUGGCACUUGUGAUGGGGGGUGGGUGUCGAUCUCGUACAAUCGAUGGCACUUGUGAUGGUGUUCUGUGGUCGUCAUCACCUCUAUCAGUUCCGGCAUAUAUGUACUAACGUUGUGGAUGUACUGGACACGACAGUACUGUGCUGUACUGUACAGCUAAAUCUCUAAAACUAAUAUUGUUGAUUGGAUGUG